GAGCCGAGCCCGGAGCCCUCUUUCCGUCGAGCAGCAGCAGCAGCAGCAUGUCGGCCCUCAAUGCCUCGCUGGGGUACUUCCUGGCGGUCGUCGGGGCCAGCGCGGCCGGCCUGCUGUUCUCCCGCUGGGCCUUCCUCGCCGAGUUCACCGCAGCGUUCGCGCUGGCCGCCUGCCGCCUGGAGGUGGACACCAUCGCGGAGGUGGGGCAGUGGGCCGGGGCCCUGGGGCCCGACGUGGCCGUCACCAUGCUCUUCGCGACUCUGGCCGUGCACGGGGCGCUGAUGCGGGGCGCGAGCGGGAACCCGUCCGUGACGCUCACGGGGCUCCUGCGGGGGGAGGCGGGCGCGGCGUCGGUGGCCCUCGGCGUCGGGGCCCAGCUGCUCGGGGCGUACGCCGCGCUGCUCGUCGCCGGCUGCUACUGGCGCAUGGAGCUCAGCGACAUGCACAUGAUCAAGAACCUGAUGAUGUCCGAGUGCGGCACGUCGCUGCUGGUCCCGCCGGCGCAGGGCGUCCUCGUCGAGGCCCUCGGGGCCCUCGUCUUCCACCUGCUCCACCUCGUCCUGAGGGACGCCUCGCGGCUGCUGCAGGUCCCCGUCUUCGCCGCGCUGCUCACCUUCAUCGCCUACGCAGGAAAUAACUACACGUCUGGGUACGUGAACCCGUCGCUGGCGUUGGCCAUGACCUUCACCUGUCCGGGACACAGCUUCUUCACCUACGCUCUGGUCUACUGGCUCGGGCCCCUGAUCGGCAUGAGCCUCGCGCUCUUCCUGUAUUUGGGAAACAUCCCGCUGCUCUUCAGCAGGAACCUGCUUUACUCGAAGAAGACGCGUUUCCGGCUUCCCAAAGGAAAAGGUCCAGAAGACAAGAGCAGCUGAAGAGUUCAGACCGGUUGUGCAUUUAGGAGCCUGAGAACACUUUAUUUAACACAGGAAAAAUACUUAUAAAAAAGGAAAUAAUUAUGCAGAAGUACAGGUUAAAAAAAAGAGUGAUGUUGUGUCUGUACAUGGCACUUUGAGCUAAUAUUUAGAGUACGCCACAAUGUAAUAAAAUCAUUUUUACGUA